GUGGCUUUGCCUCUGAAGAAAGUUAGGUUUUAUCAGCAGACCGUGUAGAUAGAAGAGGAUUGAAUUCCAGGUUGACAGGAGGAUCACUGCAGUCAAUUGGAAGCGAUCCUUUCUCCCAGACGAGCAAGAUGGGUAAAAAGAGCAGAGUGAAGACCCAGAAAUCGGGGACUGGGGCCACAGCUGUGGUUUCUCCGAAAGAGAUGAUGAAUUUAAUCUCUGAACUGCUGCAGAAGUGUAGCAGCGCUGCUCCUUCUCCUGGGAAAGAGUGGGAGGAAUAUAUUCAGGUCCGAGCUCUGGUGGAGAAGAUCCGUAAGAAACAGAAAGGGUUGUCCGUAUCAUUCGAGGGAACCAGAGAGGACUUUUUCUCCGAGCUGAUGGCCUGGGCCGCAGAAUGCGGGGCUUCUUGUGACUGUUUUGAGAUCUCCAACUUUGCAGAUGAAGGAUAUGGUCUGAAGGCCACCAGAGAUAUUAAGGCAGAGGAGCUGUUCCUGUGGGUCCCUAGAAAAAUGCUGAUGACUGUGGAAUCUGCAAAGAACUCUGUCCUUGGGCCACUGUACAGUCAGGACCGGAUCCUUCAGGCCAUGGGCAAUGUGACUCUGGCUCUACACUUGCUUUGCGAAAGGGCCAAUCCCAGCUCACCUUGGCUUCCCUACAUCAAGACCCUGCCUGCUGACUAUGACACCCCCCUGUACUUUGAAGAGGAUGAAGUGCGCCACCUGCUGGCCACACAAGCCAUACAGGACGUACUCAGUCAAUACAAAAACACAGCGCGGCAGUAUGCUUACUUCUACAAAGUCAUCCACACUCAUCCGAACGCCAGCAAACUGCCCUUGAAGGAUGCUUUUACCUUUGAUGACUACAGGUGGGCAGUGUCCUCUGUGAUGACCCGUCAGAACCAGAUUCCUACAGCAGACGGAAGUCGGGUCACACUGGCCCUCAUCCCUCUCUGGGACAUGUGCAACCACACCAACGGCCUGAUUACAACUGGCUACAAUCUAGAGGAUGACCGAUGCGAAUGUGUGGCUCUUAGAGAUUACAAAGAGGCUGAACAGAUCUACAUAUUCUAUGGUACAAGAUCCAAUGCAGAGUUUGUGAUCCACAAUGGUUUCUUCUUUGAAGACAACGCACACGACCGCGUGAAGAUUAAGCUGGGUGUGAGCAAGAGUGAACGUUUGUAUGCCAUGAAGGCCGAGGUUCUGGCUCGUGCUGGGAUUCCUGCGUCCAGUAUCUUUGCUCUGCACUGCAGCGAGCCUCCCAUAUCCGCUCAGCUCCUGGCUUUCCUCCGUGUCUUCUGCAUGACUGAAGAGGAACUCAAGGACUACCUGGUGGGCGAUCACGCCAUCAACAAGAUCUUCACCCUGGGCAACACUGAAUUCCCUGUCAGCUGGGAGAACGAAAUUAAGCUGUGGACGUUCCUGGAAACACGGGCUGCACUGCUUCUCAAAACCUACAAGACGACCUCAGAGGAGGACCGCUCCAUGCUGGAGAAGCCCGACCUGUCCCUGCACUCCCGCAUCGCAAUAAAGCUCCGGCUGGGGGAGAAAGAGAUUCUGGAGCGCGCUGUGUCCUGUGGUCAGGCCAAGCGCCUGCACUUCCAGAAGCAGCUGGACGAAGGGACCCCGCUGCCACUGUACGAAGAAAGCGACAUCGCCCUUUUGGAGAAUGCAGAUGCUAAACUCCCCAUAAUCCUGCGCAAACUGGAAGAAGAGGAUGAGUGUGUUCAGGAGGAGAUGAACCUGGCCCAAAUCAAGCCGGACCCUGCUGGUCUGGACUCCUCCCAGAUGCCCGUUCUUAAUGGACAGUGUAAAGAUCUCAAUGGAACUGAAGAAGAUCCUCCAGGAAGUGAUGAGGUGGUGAAAGAGAGUGAGGUUGAGAAGCACGACACGAGUACCAAACGAACUGAAGGUGAACCAAAAGAUGGCAGCAAAUAGUCAUAACCAGAGCACGGCGGCAAUCUUAGUUCCUGCUAUUUAUUUAUUUUCAUUUAAGUGACUCACAAUUAGGAGUAAAAGCUUUCUAAAAAAAAAGUUUAAUAAAAAUUAAUAAUAAAAAAAAAGCAGUGGAUUUCAGUUUAAAAGUUUUUUUUAUUUGAUUAAAUUCAGCUUAAGUAUGAGCUAGCUCAAGCGAUAAGAAGCCUGUUGUUUUAUUUUGUUUUGUUGGAGUUUUUAUCAGUGCCACAUUUGGUUUCUUUUGUAGUAGCUUCUCUAGUGCUGCCAGAAAGGUUCCUGGUAAAGGUGAGGAAGUAACCAAUCACAUUGAACUCCUGUCUAGAUGAAGGCUUAAUCAGACUUCACAGAAUGAAAGAAAAAUACAUAUAUCAAAGACUUUAACAAUAUAACGUGCCAAGGAUGUUUCGGUUUAGUCCUCUAAUACUGGCUUAGGGAAGUUGACUUCUCUCUAACCAGCGGUUGCUGUAGAUCAUGCCAGAAACAUGCUUGAUGUUUAGUGCUGCUUGACAAUCAUUGUGUUCUGACAUCGAUCUGUAAAGAGAUCAACACUGCCUCGCUGCAUGCUAGUUACUUUACUUGCAUAAAAAGUAAGGUUACUGAAAGACUUUGGUCCCAAAAAAGUCUGUAUUUUCAUGCACUUCAGAGAAUGGUCUCAAAGUGAGAAUUAGUUUCGGUUUUGAAUGUUGUAACCUGAACCUGAGGGUAAGAGGUUGUUGGUUUUUGGUUACUCUUUGCUGUGAAUGUAAUUCAAAGUUUGUGUGUUAAAGCCCUUCACUCUUCAUUAUGUUUUAUAUAUAUAUAUAUAUAUAUAUAAUAUUUGUUUUAAUACUUUUUUUUUUCUUAUGAAACACGUUGCAGUUAAUGGACGUCAAGUUUGUGAUCUCUUAGGACUAAUUCUUUCAUGCGUGACCUUUAGGAAAUCUAUUUUUCUUUUUCUUUGUUUUUAUGUUAGUAUUCACUGCAACACCAAAAUGAUCUCUCGCAUUUGUCAAGAAACUGUUGUGGAAAUCUUUAAGCCUUAACAAACGUCAUUUAGUUGGAUUUCAGAUACAGAAAUAUUGAUCGAGAAUGAAGACCUUGUGCACUUAAAGCAAAACUCCUGUCCCGGUCAACUUAUAAAUAACAAAACACUGGGGGCUAUUAUAAAGGAAUAUUUCACCGAAAAUGAGAGUUAAUGUUUUUUUUUAUUUUAUUUUUUUUAUAUCUGUGUAUUAUUUAUUUGUUAUGCACUGUAUUCUACGUCUUUUAAAGCCAUAUGAUAUAUUUUGGUCUGUUCUUUACCUAAAGCUUAGCAAUUAGUUACUGAUAAUCUUGCAUCUUUUUCUCACACAAAGCUAUCACAUGGCUUUUGGAAGACUUAAAAAGCUUUUCAGCAUAGGUUUUGAUCAAUUCGAACUGUCAAGGAGAUGCAUAAUAAUAAAUAACAUAAAACGUUUAUAUAUAAAGUCUGAGGGCUGUGUACCUCUACCCAGUCACAUGAUCCGGCAAUAGUGACUUGUAUUAGGCGAUGACAAAUUAAUCAAAACAUACCCCCAAUGUUUUGUUAUCUUUUUGAAGUGGUGUACAUAUAUAGAAAUAGAAAUCACAUUUCAAUUCAAGUGUUCUGCCCAACUGAAAAGCACUGUUCAAUAUACUGUUCAGAAUGGUUUAUGUUGACCGAUGUUUGAGUGUAUGGAAGCCUGUCAGUUGUUUUUGCUGCUUCUGUAUAUAGAUUUAUAGCUUUGGAAAGCUAACAGCUUUAAUACACUUAUUCUCAAAUCUUUAUUGUGAUCUAGCCAUAAAGAAAAUCCACAGUGGAUUGCACUGACUCCCACUGAUCAGGUAAGAGCCAUUAGAGUCUGUCUACAAUGACAAGUCCAAGAUUAAAGUUCUGUGCAUUUUUCACCUGAAUCAAAUAAGGUAGAGUGCUUUUCUUCAAAUCCUUGACCUGUCUAUCUUUCUUUAAGAGGGCCUUAAAAAAAAUCCCAUUAGGAGACGUAAGGGGCACUCGUCCAUUUUCCUUUGAUUCUUCGUUUCAUUUGGAGGGGUAAGAAAGGUUUUAUUUAAUGUAUUUUUUUUUUUUCAUUCUUUGCCUCCCCAAUCCCCAUUAGAAAUUUAUAAAAGAAACAUUAUCUUGAAUCAUUUAAUUCGGGGCAAUUCAAUUUUGAAAUUCCACAUUCAUUAUUCAUGGGCUUCAAGAUAAAACCCCUUUAAUCUUUGAAUAGAUUAUUAUAAUGGGCUAUAGUGUGGGCAGUGGUAAACUCGGGCAGCCCUGCACAUGUCCGGUAUUGUUAGUAUUCCUCAUGUCAGGGCUGAGAGCAGGAGUACAUGGAGGUCCCUUUGGCCUGGGACCAUGCCACCAAAGUAAUUCUGCCUAUGAAUAAUACACAGUGCUUCUAUUAAUAUAGAAUGGCGUCAGACCCCAGGCGGAGGACCCAUUGUCAUGCAAGUAUUUACCAAUACAUGUGCCAUGCUUGAGAGAGGGGUCUUUCUUCAAAGUUUGCAGGGUCACAUUUCCAUGCACGUUAAAGUGGUCGAGGCCCAACCAGUACUGUUGCUAUAGAGAGAAUGCACUAUUAGAAAUAAAUGUUAUUUAAAGGGUUUUACAUGGGUCUUAAGAAAACCAUCUUCAAUGAGGUCCAAAAUCUUGAGUCUGAGGGUUUCUUUUGCAUUCUUUAACACAAAAUGUCAUAACAUUUGUAUAAUAAUGAGUUUAAUGAGUUGAAUUGCAUUCAAAUAAAUUUCCGAAUGUG